CAAAAGUUCGCUUUUCUUUCCAAAAGCUUCUGGAUCCUCCGGCUAGAGUAGAAUGGAUUUUGCCGACCAAGAUUCCACAGCUCAUGCUGCAGUCUUUCUGUCGCUCUCCGUGUUGACCGUGGUGUUAAACGCCUUGGUAAUAAUAUCAAUAUGGAAAGAUCCAUUUAAAAACCUCGAAGGAAUUUCAAACUACCUGAUAUUAAACCUCGCCGUUAGUGACUUGUUGGUGGGUAUACCAGCCGAGUUAUUUACCGCUCUUCUUCAUUGGUUUCCCUAUGAAAGCGUUAUGCAAGUAGUGGACAUUACAUCGGCUCUUGGUUUUUACGCCUCAGGUCUGACAAUUUUAGGCCUUGCAGUUGAACGAAUGAUUGUAAUUUCACAUUCAUUAAAGAGGGCAGAUCAUUUAACGUACACUAAUCUAACACGUGGAAUUUUGUGCAUCUGGCUCUCGGCUGGGUUGAUAGCAAUCCUUCCCGUGCUUGAGUGGAAUUCAAUUUCAAGGAACAGAAUAAUUAUUUUCGAUUCCAUUGGCGUCCUGAUAUUUACCUUAACAGUUGCCUGCUACGCAAGAAUCUUCUUCCUGGUUAGAAAAGGUUCGCAUCAAAAUUUAACGACUGAGGUCGGGCGUGAGGAGCGACAAUAUUUAACUGAAAAUGCACGAGAGAAAGAAAAGAUAAAAAGAAGAGAAAGGAGCGUGAUGCGUUGUGUGGCCAUCCUGGUUGGAUUAUUGAUCGUAUGUUGGGCUCCACGGUACGUGCUGGGAAACAUUGCUCUACUAUAUGAAGAAAGCUGUGUUAUCCCUGACGCACUUACAUCCAUAGCAUGGUGGUUAUGUUUUCUGCAUCCGCUGGUCAAUCCGAUCGCUUAUUCGCUGUGCACAAGAAAGUUUCGACGGGCACUUUUGAAGAUCACCUGCAAGUGCAACAGUGCGCCGCCAAGACGUGCCAUUGCCUAAAACAUUUAUCAAUCUAGAGACCGAGCCUACUACUAAACAGGUCCACAUCAAACGAUUCCAUCAUUUCUAAUCUCGAUCAUGAAAUCUUUCAGAUUGUAUAGUUAAGGUGGCUUACUACAGUUUUUCCGAGACUCAGUAGCGCGCGCUACGAUUGCCUGCCAGACGUUAGUAUUAGUUGUGCGUGCAAAAAUGACGCGAGUAACCCUAUGAAAAACGAAAAUAACUUCAGGACUUGAAAGGCAUCAAAUCACUUCGGUGUAUGUAGCAAUAGCUUCAAGCGGUUUUCAAACAUGUGUUUAAGCCUAGGGCCAAUGAAAUAUGACAGAAAAUGUCCAUAAACAACCAGUAAAAGAGCUUUAAUUUACUCUUGCUUUCUUGCACGCGAUACAUGGCGUCACAUGAGCGCGCGCAUAAAUAAAGGGCAUGCGCAGUUCAAUUCUCAUCCAAGGCUGUAAAAGCCAGUCUUUGAUCGAGGAUUGCAAGAAAACCUACCGUACAACCCAUGAUGAAAUUUUCACAGUUGAUUUUUAGGGGUGAAUCGCGUUUAGAGUCAAAAUUUUAAAAAAAUC